AUGCCAACUCGGCAGCUAUUUAAACCGAAGGUUCAAGAUUUCGUUAUCCGUUUCCCAACUGUGCCAACACCUUGCUCUCAAUUUUCCAUGGCGUCUUCCGCCUCCUCAAUGUUGCUCCCGCUUGGUUCAGCUUCUGGAAUACACCAAAGAAUUUCACGUGAUAAAAUACGACCUCUUGUUGUGCGCUGCUUGAAUGCCAAUAUCAAUGCAAAAGAAUGGCGGAUGAAAGAGUAUGGGAAGGAACUCAAUUUGACUAGAAGAAGAGAAAUGAUUGGUUUAGUUUGUGGAAUGUCAAGUCUCGUUAUACAUGUUCUAAAUGCCAAGGCAGCUGGCCUGCCUCCAGAAGACAAGCCAAGAUUAUGUGACGAUGCCUGUGAGAAAGAACUUGAAAAUGUUCCUAUGAUCACGACUGAGUCUGGUUUGCAGUACAAGGACAUCAAAGUUGGUGGAGGCCCCAGUCCACCUGUUGGAUUUCAGGUGGCCGCAAAUUAUGUUGCAAUGGUUCCAUCUGGACAAAUUUUUGACAGUUCACUUGAGAAGAAGCAGCUUUACAUUUUUCGCGUUGGAUCUGGUCAGGUGAUCAAAGGACUUGAUGAAGGGAUUUUAAGCAUGAAAGUUGGUGGGAAGCGUCGACUGUACAUUCCUGGAUCUUUGGCAUUCCCAAAAGGCCUAACAUCAGCUCCAGGAAGGCCAAGGGUAGCUCCAAGUAGUCCUGUGGUAUUUGACGUCAGUCUGGAAUACAUACCAGGCCUUGAAGAUGAUGAAGAGUGAGUAGCUAUUACAAUGAUCUCUUGAAUCUCUCAUUCGCUUACCAGAGGAAGAACAAGCCAGAAAUUUGUAUAUGAUGAGAAAACACUUGCCGCUAUGCUUCAGUUUUCCCCCUGCCUUGUUACGAGUGUAUAAUUAUAUUUGUCAAAAAGAUAGAGAGAAUUUGAUGAGGAAAAGUUAAGAAAUACUGAAUUAUGUAUCUUUCUUCACCUUGAUUUAUAACUCUCUUCCUAUAAACAACUAUUUAUAGGACUUCUAAAAUGAAAAUUCAAUUCCCAA